UAAAAAUCGACGAAGAGGCGUCUUCGUCAAAACCAACACCCCCAAACUUCAUUCUUCAAACCCUCCCUCAAUUUUCCCCCCAAAAUUCCACUACCGUCGGAAAGCUGACUCGAUUGGCCGCCGCUCGUGCUCGUUUAGCUCCUCCGUGCGACGAGCCUCCACCACAACCACCGGCGAGGCCACGCUCGUUCCGCCCAAGCCCCGACUCUGAGCUCUCGAGCUACAAGUUACCCUCGAUUCCUAUAGCUCUCUCUCUCUCUCUCUCUCUCUCUCUCUCUCAGACCCGGGCUUGUGUUGUCGUUGAUCUCAGGGUUUUAAAUAGGUCAUACUCAAAAUUUGAUGACCUCUGUAUGACCAGAACAUCAUCUUCUAUCUCUGGGUCCUUCAGGCCUCAGCUUUAUCAUAGAUCAAUGAAGCACAUUGUGAAGAUUAUGACAUUGCUGGUUGGCAUCUCUGCCUUAUGGUUUGGCCUCUUGAAGACAUCUAUGGUUCCAAGUAGCCAUACUUUGUUACUACCUAUCUAUUUUAUCAUGUGUCUUGGAUGCUAUGGCCUAUUAAUGGUUGGAGUUGGUCUGAUGCGGUUUCCAACUUGUCCUCAAGAAGCAUUGCUUUUGCAGCAGGACGUCAUUGAGGCCAAGGGUUACUUGAAGCAAAGAGGGGUUGACGUGGGUUCUGAAUGAUUUGAGGAAAAAAUCACUUUGUUCCUGUGGAGUGGGGAAUUGCCAUUUUCAGACAAAGAUUUUGCAGUGACAUAUUUAUGGAUUUUUACUAAUUGUUUACCAAGUUACCUCUUAGGCCUUAUAUGUCAACAAAUUCCUUUUGUUUU